UAGUGGUUGUCGGUCGCGUUGUUCUUUAUUUCAGUUUACGGCAAAGCUAUGGCGUCGUACGGAGGUAGUUUUGAAAGUGCUCGGAGUAUCGAAGAGAGAAAACAAUCCAAGAGGGAAGCUAGAAAAGAAGCAUUAGAAAAGGCCAAAGACAAAUAUGAGAAAGAAGAAAGACGUAAGGAACUCAAGCGUGCACGUGGUGAGGACACAUGGAUGCUUCCGGACGUGGACAUGAGGCUCAAAGAGUUAGAUGAGCAUUCUAAAGGAGACCAAAAGAAAAAGAAGAAAGAAAAGAAGUCUAAAAAAGCAAAAAAAGAAAAGAAAAAGAAAGAAAAAAAGAAAAUAAAAGAGGAAGAGUCUGAUAACAGUUCAUCUGACUCUGAAGGAGAUUGGGUUGAAGUAAACUCUAGAAAUGUUCAGGAAAAGUCCUGGAAGAUUAACAGUGACCAGAAUGAUACAGAACAACCCAGCUCAUCUUCUCAGAGAGAUGAAUGGAUGACCUUUGAUUUUCUCACUAUGAAGACUGUAUCAACAUCUUUUCUUCGAGCAGAGAAAGAAAAGAUUAAGGAAGAUAAAAUUGCAAGACAGCAGGAAGUUGAAAAAGCAGAAUUACAUAAGAGAGAGUUAAAUCCAUUUUGGAAAGAUGGAGGGAUGGGGCUUCCUACAGGAGAUAAUAAUAUAUCAUCUUUUUUAAAGGCCACUCCAGUAAAUGAUGGUGGUUUAAGCUGGCUGAAAAAAUCUUAUCAGCGAAUGAAGGAGCAGGCAUUAAGAGACAAGCGUAGCCUGGAAGAGGUGGUUGCUGAGAGAUAUGGGUCCAUGGAAGAGUUUAAGAAAAGACUGGAAGAAGCUGAAAAAGCAUACUCUGCUUUGAGUAGAGAUAAAGAACAAGAAUCCAGCAGAAAAACGUGGAGAAAACAUACCGUAAUGGAGUGUGGGAAAGAUGAUCUUUCAGAGGAUAGGUCAGUCAUGUACAAGAAUCAAGAAAGUAUCAGGGAGGAAGUUGAAGGUAGUCAAAGCAAAGCUAGCAUUGAAGGGAAAGAGAAAAAGGAAUCAUGGAGAGCACAGAAGUCUUGGAAAAAGAACAAAGAGAGAGCAGAACAAUGUUUGCAAUCAAGAAGUGAAUUAAGUUCAAACAGAGAUAACAGAGAAAGAAUGCCAGUUAUUGAUGAGACAUUUUUAAAACAAAGGACCUUAACGGCAAACUUUCUAAAGCCUUCUAAUUUAGAAGAUACUGCCAGGCCAAACACAUACUCUAGAGAUGAAGUCAGUAUAGCUAGUACUCGCAGCAUGUUGGGUUUUCAGAAGCCUUGUGAAGAUGAUGUGGACAAUGGUGUGAAGCCCUGGCAUAAACAAACAAAUCGUUCAGGUGAGAAAACUGAAGAAAACCAGGAUGCGCCAAUAAUGAUGACUACAAAAGGAGGCAAACAAAUAGAUUUAGAGAAAAAUCUUUCCAAUCUGGAGAAAAGGCCACAAGCAAUACAGAUGCAGCCAGAGCCCCCAGAAAAGCUGGUAUCUUUUAGUGGUUUAAUGAAAGAUGAAGAAAAGGAAACUCCUGUCCAUGUACUCAGUGAUGAAGAAAUAAAUAAGCUUGCAGCCAAGUUGAUCAAAGCUGAAAUGCUGGGAGAUACAGAUCUUGCUAAUAAGCUGAAGGCUCAGUUGGAUUCAGCUCGUAAGUCAAAAGAAAAUCUGUCUUCAUUACCAAAAAAGGCUGAAAAUAAGUCUAAAGCUUUGAAAGAGGAUACAGAAGAUCAUGAAGUUGCACUUUUCAGAACAGAUCGAUCUGGCACAGCAUGGCCCAUCAAUGCCUCAUCACAACUAGUCCAGCCUAGGGGAGGCCAUCGCCGGAAACAGCUGAUUGAAACACACCGAGGCAAUGAAAGAAUACGCUAUUUUCAGGAUGAUGACAACAUUGAUCUUCAAGAAAUGGUCAAACAAGAAAAAAUGGGAACAGCUGAAGAUCAGAAUGCUCUUUACUCCCGGCUAGCAUCAAAGCUAAUGGGAAAGAUGGACCGGGAUUACCACACCCUGGAUGACAUGUUUGUCUCCAGUGUAGCUCAAAAAAGCAGAUCUGGAGAAGGAGAUGAGCACCAUAGACAAGCAGCCAUUCGGGAACACAGGCGACUUGCAGAGAGAAUGGAGAAGUGUCCCUUCUGCUUUGACAGCUCUGAACUGCCUAAACAUCUCAUCAUUUCUAUUGGUUCAAAGGUAUAUUUAUGUCUACCUAAUUGUGUAUCACUGGUAGAGGGUCACUGCUUAAUAGUUCCUCUUCAACACCACACUGCGGCAACUUCUUUGGAUGAAGACAUUUGGCAGGAAAUUCAGGCUUUUCGUAAAUCCUUGGUAGAAACUUUUAACGAUAAAGGACUUGACUGUGUUUUCCUGGAGACUCACAUGAACCCAAAACAAAGACGGCAUAUGGUGUAUGAGUGCAUUCCACUUCCAAGGGAAAUAGGGGACAUGGCCCCUAUCUACUUCAAGAAAGCUAUAAUGGAGUCUGAUGAUGAAUGGGCUAUGAAUAAAAAGGUGAUUGAUCUGUCUUCAAGAGAUGUUCGUCGUGCUGUUCCUAAAGGACUUCCGUAUUUUUCUGUAGAUUUUGGUCUACAAGGGGGAUUUGCCCACGUUAUAGAAAAUCGAGACAAAUUCCCUCAUUAUUUCGGCAAGGAAAUAAUUGGUGGUAUGUUAGAUCUGGAUCCACGAUGCUGGCAUAAGCCAAUGAGGGAAAACUUUGAAGACCAGCGGAAAAAAGUUCUUCAGUUUGCAAAAUGGUGGAAACCGUUUGAUUGCACCAAACCUUCAGAUUAAUUGUAUUACAAUUUAUGAAGAUUUGAAGAAAAAUAAAUCACUGGAGUCUUUAUAAAGAAAUUAUGCCCGAUGAAGAGACAGAUAAAAUAUGAGAUGGAAUAGACACAUUUUUAUAAACUUGUUUAGCAGCUGUUUUUCCCCCCUUAACACUGUGUUUUAGUUUCAGAACAUUAGCUCACAGCAGUGUAUAUGUGCUAUACUAUUUAAAUUCAAAAUGUAAGUUUUAUUUUCUUUCUGUAAAUCAGUGUUUUAAAAAUUAA